AUGCAGAGUAGCUUCAAAAUUUGUAGAUGCGCAGAAGAUCAAAAAGUGACCUAUGCUGCUACAACCUUUGUGGACUAUGCAUUGCAUUGGUGGGAGUCUGAGUGCGCAAUCAAAGGUGAUAAGGAUAUUGCUGCCAUGACUUGGGAGCAAAUGGAAAAUAUGAUGAUGUAUAAGUACUGCACACAAUCGGAGGUGAACAAGCUAGAAUCAGAAUUUCUGAGAUUAAAGCAAGGUUCGUUGUCGGUUCAAGAAUAUGUUAACGAUUUUCUUGAGAAAGCAAGGUUCGCCAGUUACCAAGUGGCUACCGAGGAGAGAAAUAUAGGUCGCUUCAAAGACGGCUUAAGAAUCGAAAUCAAACGGUACAUGGACAUGACUAAACCGACCACAUUUGUCCAAGCAGUGGAAAUGGCGAAGGUGGCAGAGGAGAUCAACGCUAGGGAGAAUUGUGAUAGAAGGGAUGCAAAGAGAAGAUGGGAAGGAUCAAACAAGUUCAACAAGAAACCAAAAUGGACUCCGACUCUGGCAAAAACACGAAGUGAGGGAUUCACUAUUCCUCCAUGUAACAAAUGCAACAAGAGACUUAGGGGAGAGUGCAGAGCGGGGAGCCUGACAUGCUACAAAUGUGACAAACCUGGGCAUACCGCAUGGGAGUGCCCAGAAGGGAAAACUUGUUAUGAGUGUGGGGCUACGGGACAUUUACGACCUGACUGUCCAAAACAUCGAAAUGGUGCGACACCCCACAUAAAGACAGUGAAUAAUGGAUUUGGGAAGAGAUCAGAAAAUAGGAAGGAGCUGCCUAAGAGACACGACCGAGCUUACAACAUGACUUUGGAGGAGCCAAGGAAACACCCGACGUCGAGUGCCUAUAGGCUAGACAAAACCUACACUGUAGAAACAGCCGACGGUAGUCAGUGUAAGGUAGACGAAGUAUUUGAUGAAUGCACAAUUGUUAUAGAUGGUAAGGAUUUCCCUGUUAGGCUUAUGCCAAUGUGUUUAGGGGGUUUUGACGUGGUCUUGGGGAUGGAUUGGUUGUCCAACAAUCAUGCGCAAAUAGUAUGCAAUAAAAAUAUGAUCAAGAUUCAAACUCCGGAAGGAAAAACAAUUCAUGUUUACGAUGAUCGAAAGAAGUGUUGCGUAGGGUUAAUCAAUGCAAUUAAGGCGAAUAGGUGUCUGCGGAAGGGAUGUGUGGCUUACUUGGCAUACAUCAUCGAUGCCAAGCUCGAAAAGAAGGCAAUACAUGAUGUUCCAAUGGUGAGGGAUUUCCAGAUGGAUUACCGCGAAUACCACCGGAACGUCAGGUAG